CGCACCAAUAAGCUGACCGUUUCUCCCCGCGUCCGCGCGCGGAACUAGCGCUGAUAAGUCAAGCUAGCCUCAAUCGAUCGCGCUCUCUGACUCGACUCGAACCAACGCCAACCGACCAAGAAACCUUCCAAGCAAUCCACGGUCCGCGACUCUCUUGACUGCCCUCUUCCAGUCUGCCCGUGCGAACCUUCAUUCCUUCAAAUAUCUCACCCCUUACUAUCCUUACCACCUCAACCCGCGACCGAACGAGAACAGAGUGAGCACCAUGGACGAGUUCGCGCAAACACGAGGAGGAGACGACCUGUUCGACGACGAGAUCAUCCCCGUCACCGCCGAGCAACAGCAACAGGAACAACAGUCCCUGCAGACGGAGGAUCUACACGAUUACCAGCAGUCGUUCGAGGAGAGUAUCACGACGACAACGGCAGGUUACGAGAAUGAUCUAUCGCCCCAGGGGCGGACGGAGAUCCCCACGCGGCCGCGCGGCGCCGAGCGACGAGGCAGGGGAAGGGGCAGAGGGGGCCGCGGUGGGCGCCGGGGGUCCCAGAAUACCGGUCGCAGGGGCGAUGCAAACGUGAGGAUUAAUCAUAAUAAUCAUCAGAGAUCUGCGGAGGGUCCGGGAGAGGGGGCGGGGGAGGAGGGGGAGAAUAAGAGUCCGGUUGAGGAGACUGCGGCUGCCGAGAGGGAGACCGAACAACAGGCUGGGGAGAAGCCGGCGGAGGGUCCGCGGGUCCCUGCUGUACGUGGGGAUCGGAGUGCUACGGGUGGAAUUAAGAAGCCGAAACUUACGGAAGAGGAGCUCUCUCGUCGCAUUGCGGCUGCGAAGGAGAACGCCGCUAAGGUCGCUGCGGCGCAUGCUCGGGCUGAAGCCGAUCAGGCGUCGUUCCUUGAGCGCGAGAAGGUGGCAGAGGAGAAGAGGCGACAGGAACGUGCGCAACGGAAGGUCAUGGAUAAUGAGCGCGAGCGCAAUCGACAGCGGAAGUUGCAGGCCUUCGCGGGCAGGGAAUGGGAUGCGCAGAAGACGGAAGAGGAUUUCAACCCUCGUGGCGGGCGCGGGGGCUUCCGUCGGGGUAUGCACGGCGGGGUGUCUGGGUAUACUAGACGUGACUUUGAGGGGCAAGCCGCUGAUCAGCCUGCUGGUGAGCCUAGUGAAGAGUCACGGGCAGAAAGUCCUCGAGGCGGUCAUCGUGGCCGGGGACGUGGAGGACGGGGUGGACGUGGACGGGGUGGUCAUCGUGGCCCACGGGAGGAUAUUCCCCAGACAGACGGGCCGGCUGAGAAUGUGCCAGGUUUGAGCGAAUCGAGAUGGGCUCCCGCCCCUGUGCUUGACAAUGAAGCGGAUUUCCCUGCUCUCCCUGGCAGCGAGAAGAACGCGAAGGAUGCCUCGAAAGAGGGGCCGAAGGACUGGGUCAAAGACGACCGGAAGGACACCGUGAAGAAAGCCCCCAAGGAAUCCAAGGAAUCCAAGGAUACCCAGGAAUCGAAGGAGCCCGCCAACGCCGCAGCAAGUGCAGCGAAUCUGGAUCUUCUCGCCGUGGAUCCUCUAUCGCCUAUGGAGGGGACGUCCUGGGCCGAGCAAGUCGAGUCCCAGUGAUUAUCCACCCGUUGCUAUUGCUUACUGUUUUUUGGAAUUUGAAGAUCUCGAUGAUUGAUGCACCUAUAAUUAUUACUCUGUUACUCCCCGGAUACCUUUAUUUUGACUGCCGCUCCGAGG